GUGGCAGACUUCGUUCCCCAAGGGCGUGGAGAGGGAAGGUCCAACUCUAGGACACGGUCCCUUUCCAGUGGCAGGCGGCCGUCCAAAGCCGAUGGCCAAACUCUGGGAAUGCGAACGGUGACGCCGCCUCUGCAAAAUGUGGAUCUGAACGUUGGCCAAUUUACUGGCAGCCGCAUAUCUGGAAGGCGUCCAAGCCAGCCCAAGCUGCAGGGAAAUGGGCUUACUGCUCAUAGUUUCCAGUCACAUCAGGGUCUUCAGGGUAGUCACAUUUCUACUGCUGGCGAUGGCAAGCAAGACCGGCAGAGGUCGUCCGAAAGGACCACCUUUGAAACCUUGAAAGCUCGUGCUGCGGGGGCCGACGCGGCGAAGGCGCAGCAGGCUCGUUCUUUGAGCAUCAGCGGGCAGUGCGCACGGCGCGGCCAGUCGCCUAAGGCUGACUCGCGACGAAGACCGUCGCGCGCUGGAGUCAACGUCGCACAAGCCCGGAUUCAGGCGGAGCCAUCGCUCAAGUCCUUGCAGGACACUCUGUCAAAGCUGGAGGAGGACAAGGAGCGCUCUCAGGGCUUCGCAACGCAGUGCAAGCGUGCUCUGGACAAGUUGGGUGUCUUGGGCGUACUGACCAUGAUGUCACCAGCUUCCGGACGGUCACAGGCCGCUUGCAACAGUGCCUUGGACAAAGCCAUCCGCAACGCGGUGGGCAGCCCCGUGCAUGAGACAGGUGCGCAGGGGCCGUCCGACGGUCUUAGUGUGAUGGGUUGCGGACCCACGUCCCCAAAGGGGACGCAAGCCGGACUGAGUGGCAAUCUGGGUGGAUCACCGACUUCACGGACGCCAGGAUCACGGAAGGGGCGCGAGACGGACACGGAGGAAAUGUCGGCCAUGGGGUUGACUGUCCAGAGGAUGGAGACUGCCAAGACCGCCGAGCAUGCCCCUGAGAUGGAGCCUCAAGAACCCGAAGAGCUGCAAGAAGGUGAAGAGGAGCUGCCAGUUGAAACGGGCGACGAGUUCGACGUGGAUGAGGAAGAGCUCCUGUCCGAUGACCAUCUGAAAAGCAUCCGCAAGUUGAUGUUUAUCCUUCGGCUGUGGAGCGGGAGCAAGGCAUUCAAGAAUGGAUCGGGCGAUGAUUUGGAGGCCUCAAAGCCGCUCGCCGAUGCGGCAGAGGAGCGUGAGACGCCUGUGCAACAGGUCUUCGACGUUGUAGCCCGCGUGAAGGCUAGAUCUGGUGCCAUGCUCUGCAGUCAGCGCAGCUUCGAAAACCUCCUGGAAACCCUCCAGAAGGUGGACAAGGCGGCAGGCGCCAAGAUCUACAAAAAAAUUCCACUCAGUAGAGUCAGGGAAGCUUUCAACGAGCAGAUUGCUUUGCAGAUCAGCCUUUCCAGUCGCUACGGCCUUUCGGCCGCUGAAGCAUCGAAGGGCAUGGUCUUCGAGACGUUUCGAACGUGCAUGCAUCGUCUCUUCUACCGGCCAUUGGAGACAGAAGAGGAGGUCAAGGAGCUGCUGAUCCAGUCAAAGGCUGCUUUCUAA